GUCAGUUCGACAUUGGUUUUGGAAAUAAAUGCCACACCCGAGCGCUACAUGUAGUUAAAGUGAAGUUGGUUGAGGUUUUCAUAGUAAAGUUUUCGCGGUAGGAUUAUUCACUAUUUGGCCGAUCGCAAUGAAGUUAUAUGUGUGGAUCUUUUUGCUUGCAGGUUUUGCAUUUAGAGCCAGUGCACAAGAAUUGAAUCUUUUGGAUGCCUUCGGUGAAGAUGAUGUCACCCCUACACCAAAACCUCCCGCCAAGCCCCCCAAAAAAACUCCCGAAGAUGAAUUGGAUCUAAGUGACGCACUUGGUCCUGCAGACCCAAAGACUGAAAAACCAAAAAUAGUCCGUCCCAAUGAUGGAGGAACUGGAGGUGGUACCUUUGGGGAUGAUGACCUGUUUGAUUUGAGUCAAAAUGAAGGCUAUAAGCCUGAUGCAGGCAAAGGAGGUCAAGGUGGAGGUCGUAUUGCCGACCCCUCCGGAGGGGGUGGAGCUUCCCAGCCUCAGGAAAAACCUGGUCAAAUUGCUGGUAUUGUGAGUGCAAUCGGGGUGGCACUGAUCGGUGCAGCAUCCGGUUACAUUGCAUAUCAGAAAAAGAAACUUUGUUUCAAAAUGCAAGGUGGUGACCCAGAGAGGGGUGUUAACACCCAGCGUGGGAAUCAGUCUGAAAGCAAUGUUCUCAGCAAUCUUCUCAGAAUAUCUUAAUUUCUUUCCUGGUAAGACUACUGGAAGCAACAUACAAAACUUCACGUGCUCUAGAAGUGAAACCAAAUACUAGGUCAUUUUUUUAUUUGUUAUUGUUUUGUUUUUUGACUAUAUGAUUCUAAAUGUCCUAAACAACAACUAGUUUGUUUAAAGUUGUCAUGUGUUUUAAGAGUUGUUAUGGAAAAAGACAGGUGCUUAUUUUUCCUCAAAGAAUUGACACAAGCAGUAGUUAUGGAAUGUUUUGAAUGUUUAUUUGCAAACUGAAAGGUCAUCAAAAUUAAUUUAAGUAUGUUGUCCAAUGAUGAUACUUUGGAAAUGAAGUUAGGCUAAUAAUAAUUUUAAAAAUGUAUAUUUUGUAUAAUUGCACUUUCAUGAUGUACUUCAGGUUUGUUUUUAAAAUGGUGACCAUUACACUAUUACAACGUGCACAUUCAUAUUAUUUUUUUUCUCCCAUGCCUUUAUCUUGGUACCCUAGGUUAGCAGUCUGUGUGCUGUAAAUAUUUUUAUUCUCUAUGUAUAAUAACAGUUAUGUGUCAGAAAAAAAUGCAUCAUUCUAAUUCAUUGAUUUGUAUGUGUGAUGCAAAAAAUGCCUGAAUUUUUAUUAACAACAUUUACAUUUAAAUCAAGAACCAAAGACAGACCAGCAAAGGUAUAAAGCUGAAAUUAUGUCAGAUUUAUUCAUCUUCUGCAUAGAGCUUAUAUUUCAGUUUGGAAUAAUCAUCUUAUUUACCUUUUAAAUGCUAAAUUUUACAUUCUGCAUUUUCUUUAAAGGUUAUAGUGGUAGAUAUCACACUUGGCAUUCCAAUAAGACAUAUCUUCUAUUGUCCAAAACAAAAAACAGACUAAAGGAUAAUGAAAUUCUAAUAAACAACUAUUUUAAGCAGUGACAAUAUAAUUAAUACUAAAUGAAUAUUGGUUGGUACAUGUUUACUAAUAUAUUCUGUCCCCUCACAUUGUGGACACAGUGGUUUGUUCAGCUCUUCUCUACAGACCAAAUAAAUGUUUGUUUACGGUCAUGUUCUUUUCCAGGGUAGAACCAUGUGUAAGAAUGAAACCAGGCAUGUAUCAGUGUUACAGUAUUGAAAUUGUAACUUCAAUUUGUGCAAUCAUCAACUUAGUCCAAAAUAUUAAAGGAUUAUUACAAACCUAAA